AUGCUAAUCGGCCUACAUCAAAAAAAAUCUUCGAGAUCAUCAGGGACACACGUUCCACACUCAGUACCACAUUCGGUUCCAAAAGCAGCUCCACCUUCUGCUCCAAAAGCAGCUCCACCUUCUGCUCCAAAAGUAGUUCCGCCUACGGCUCCAAAAGCAGUUCCACACAGAUUUCCACACACACUUCCACACACACUUCCUCACACGGUUCCAAAAGUAGUUCCUGUCGCGUCUUCUGAUCCAAUGAAUAGUUACAACGACUCUUUUUCUAGCAACAGUGGCUGGGUUUGGGGGCGGUGGCUAUUGUUUAUCGUGGUGAUAGUCGCAUUCGUGCUCUACGUUUUCCUAGUUAACGUAAGAAGACGGAGACUGGGUCGUAAACCCAUCGUGGGGACCUCAUGGCUGGCUCCGCCGCCCGCUUAUGGUGCCUCGCAACAACAGUACAAUCAACCCGUCAAUGAAAACCCUGUACCUGAGUACACGGAAGCUGUAAAUGACAACGAUGCUGGCUACUUUGACAAUGAAGGCAAGUUUCACCCUACCCAACGUGUUUCACCGGUAGCCGCCCCUGAGCCUGCAGUGACUUCGCCUUCCGUGCCUUAUACCCAGCCACAUCAGGCAUAUCCGCCUCAUUCUGCUCAAAAUGCAGAGAGUCCUUCGCUUUCUACCACUACGUCGUCAGCAUCUUCUCGUUAUGUCAGACCCUCGGUACCGCCUCCCAAUACCGCUCGUACGAAUCGUCAAACAUGA